AUGGCACAGAAAAAGCUUGGCAAAUUUCUCGAGGGCACUACAGUAGCUUUUGCCGAUAUGAAAGCCGCUAAAAUCUGCGAAUACCUCGAAAAGGCCAACAUUCAUAUCCAUCGGAGUCUUCGAGUCGAACGAGACUACAAAUCGAUUUAUUCAUGUAUCGCUGUCCCUAUUUAUUCUUUUUACCUCUUUUGGGAAAAUGGAUUUCAUCACAUAAAGAGCUUUGAUAACCUUGGUCUUCUGCCGGCAAUGACAUAUCGUCUUCGUAUGUUCAAGCCUCCUAACGUAUUUGAAAUCCGGGCAUUCUUGAAUGCGAUUGACUGGCUACAUGAGAAGGGAUUCCUCAAUCAAACGCCAACAGACCCACUCAAACUAGGGCUCAACCUUUCGUCUACCGCGUAUCACUAUAUCGGAGCAAUGUUUGGUGCUUUCUAUGAUGCCGGAGAAUCACAAGAGCCCCAACAACUAUCAGAUGCCUGGUUGGUGAUAAACUCACUCUCAAGCAUCAAAGUUGAAGAUGAAUGUGUUUGUUGGUGUAACGCGACAGAUCAUGGAUGCUCGCCCAUCAAGCUACUUCUAAAGUCCCAUCUUGACGAGCGUCUGCCCGGAAUAAGAAUGGACUUUGGUUUAAUGCGACACAUCAUAUUUCAUCACAGAAUAUUCGAUGUCUCGCUCUCAUCAGGGGCUAAGAAACCCACAGGUUUUGUCAUUGAACUUUUACGUCUUCUUACAUUUGAGGCCCUUGACAUGACUCAUACGUGCUGCACAUUUGAUGCAAUCAGUGAGGAUGUCAUUGAAAGUAUGGUUUCUACAGCGAGCGUCAGGCCUGCUGCGAUACUUCGUUGUAGAGACAAGAAGGUUCGAGAUAUUCGUUCCUCCGCCUGGGAAAGAUCAAGCUCACGUCUACUCGAAGACUUAAUAUCAGAGUUUAUUACACAGUUGACUCAACAAGGCCAAUGCCCUGAGGCAUUUGAACAUUUCAUUAAGGGCUAUUGGCGGAAGCGAAUUUCCGAGUUAUAUGAUCCUGACCCGCAAGUCAUCAAUGAGAUGAAGCAGCACCAGGCGUUUAGAGGAUUUAAAGCUUCAGCUGGUGUAGAGGAAUAUAUAUUGCCAAAGAGGCUCUUGCGUCUCCUCGGUGAAGAUUUCGAGCUGGUAGGGGUUGACAGUCGAACGGAAGAUAGCGCGUCAUUGUUCGAGACGGAAUCUUCAUCAGACACAGAAUCUUUAUCCGACACAGAAUCUUUAUACGACAAGAAAUCAUCGUCCGAGAAAGGGUUAUUCUGCGAAUAUUGUCAUAUGAGCGAUACUGACAGCGACGAUGAUCAGAGCGAUGAUCAGAGCGAUGAAGAGAUGCUCUGCGAAAGUUGCCGUAGGGAAGAAGAAGAACUAGACGUGGACGAAGACUUUGAUUGGGAAACUUGCUCUUCAGACACUGGAGAGGAGGAUAAAUAG